GGUGAGAUCUCACCAACUGCAACAACAACAAUAAAAAAACAGCACCGGCUGUUCACCCAGGACCGCUCCUUAGCAUUGCUUUGCUCUGCUUCCAAUCGCAGAUUUUACUCUGCCCAUAAUGGACCACGAUCCCGAAAAAGGCUCCCCCGGCGCCAUCGCCGAGAAGCCCCGGUCCGGCGGCGCCGAAGACUCAUCGUCCAACGACGACCGCGAUGCGCCCAGACAAUCAACUGGCAUCCUCGCGCAGAUGCGCAACUUCGAAGCGCGCAUGGACCGCAAACUCGGCGUCGAGUCUGAGGCCAUUGUGCGCAAGCGCGCCGAGGACAAGAAGCCCGUGCCGUGGACGGAGGAACUCAACAUGGCGCUCCUCUGGGCAUCGGGCACCAUGAACACGUCGUGCUUUGCGACGGGCUUCUUGGGAUGGCAGUUUGGCCUCAGCCUGAAGCAGUCUAUCCUAAUCACUAUCUUCAUGUCUAUCCUCGGCGGCGCAACGACCGGCUAUUGCGCUACGUUUGGCGCCGCGACGGGGUUGCGCCAGAUCAGCGCUGGCCGAUUCAGCUUUGGUUGGUGGCCUAGCGGUAUGAUUGCCCUGCUCAACUGCAUUCAGCAGAUGGGAUGGUCGGCUGUGUCGUGCAUUACGGGCGGGUUGGCGCUGACGGCGGUGUCGGAUGGGCGGGUGUCGCUGAUUCUGGGUAUUGUCAUUCUGGCGGUAGUCGCGCUGAUCAUCUCGCUGAUUGGUUUGAAUGCGAUUCUUGUGUAUGAGCGUUUUGCGUGGGUUAUUUUCCUAGUGAUUUUCCUCAUCAUUUUUGGAGAGACGGGCGGAUAUGCAAACACUGCGGAUCCAGUGAAGCCGCUUGAGGGGGCGGAUCUUGCUGGUGCUGUGCUCAGCUUCAUGGCGAUCGUGUACGGCUCGAGCGCGUCGUGGGCGGUCAUUGCGAGUGACUACUACGUCCAUUAUCCGGCCAAUGUCAGCAGAGUCAAGGUGUUCCUCAUGACUACUUUUGGCAUUGCUAUCCCCACUGCAAUCGGCAUGGUUGCUGGCUGCGUCGUGGCAUCGACGCUCGACAAGCAGCCGGAUUGGAGUGCGGCCUAUGAUCGUGGCCUAGGCUAUGCAAUUGAUGCGGUGCUGUACCCGGACGGCUUUGCCAAGUUUUUGCUGGCGGUGCUUGUUUUGUCCGGCAUCAACACUAAUGUGUUGAGCAUCUACAGUGCCGCGCUCUCGUUCCAACAACUGGCUAAGCCGCUUGCCCAGGUCCCGCGCUUUAUCUGGACGCUGGUGUCCUUUGUUUGCAUCUUGGCUCUGGCUGUCGGCGGGCGUGAAGAACUCAAUGCGUAUCUGCAAAACUUUUUGAGUCUCUUGGGAUACUGGUGCACCAGCUACGCCGUCAUCUUGUUUGAGGAACACUUCAUCUUCCGCAAGGGCAGCUUUGACAAUUAUGAUUUGGACGGCUGGAAUGAUCCCAAGAGACUCCCACAUGGCAUUGGAGCGGCUGUCGCCUUUCUCCUCGGCGUUGUUGCUUGGGUGAUGGGCAUGAAGCAGACUUGGUUCACGGGUCCUUUGGCUGCGGUGAUUGGAAGUUCUGGAGGCGAUGUUGCAAAUGAGCUUACAUUUGUGGUAACGGCUAUGGCAUAUAUUCCUGCCCGUUACUUGGAGCUGCUAUAUUUCAAGCGUUGAUAUUGGAGCGAGCCUUGCUUUUAUGUUUUGAUUUUAUUAUACCUAGCAU